AUGCCCGCAUUUCCGCGGAAUCCCUUCACAUCCUGGCAGCAUGGACAGACACACAGGCUGCUGAAGAAGCACCCCUCCAUAUUCGGUUUACCAUUCUUGCUUCUCAUCGUCGGCUCCUCGUUUGCACUUCAGCCAUUCGCACAGGCACGGUACGAUUUGCAAGACAAGAAGAUAACUGCGGUAUCAAAGGAGCAGCAGUUGAAACUAGAACAGAGCAAGAAGAAGUUCGAUCUUCGGGAGGCUUACUUUAAUAUUCAAGAAAAACCUGAGGAAGAUUGGAAUCCUGAGAAGCGUAUACCUCGACCGAAAGGGCUGCCGGAGUGGGGUGUGGCACCUAGCGGUCCACCUGCGAAGCCAUCAUCAUGA